AUGCAAAUUGAGUUAAUAAGCUUUACUCAUUUUUCUAACUCUGUAAAUCCUCUUCCAAAAAUUAAUGAAAAGAGAGCAGCUCAAAAACGAAAGUCUGUUGGUAAUAUUACUCUUAAAAGAUUACCGCCCACUAGGUGGUCUUCCAGGCAUGACGCUUUAUAUGCUUUGCUUUUGCGAUAUACUUGUGUGCUUAAAGCUUUAUCUAAAAUUGUAUUAACAUCUUUAAAUAAAGAUGAAAUUAAAGAAGCUAAGGUAAUUAAAUCUAAAUUAGAAAAUCUUAAAAUCGUUUUCUUGAUUGUACUAGAGACCAAAGUUCUAAAUGCAACAGAUGCUAUAUCUAAGAUACUACAAAGCAAACAUGAAGAUAUCCAAAACGCUAUCAAAAUGCUUUCUGCUCUAUUUAAUAAUUUAAAAGGCUUUCGAGACAUAAGGAUAUUAAAAAUGAAGCUAUUAAUUUAG